CCUGACCUAAGGACUUGUAACAACCAAGCCAAAGCCCAGAGAUGGAAGCAGACGAGGUCACAGAAGAGCCUCAUACCACCAUGGAUGCAGAGGAGCACCCCUCUUCAAAGGACCCUUCUGCUGAGGACUUACAGGAGGACCCUAUCUCUGAAACCUUCUUGGAGCCUUCCAUCUCUGAGACCCCUUUAGAGCCCCAUAUGUCUGAAUCACCUUUGGUGCCAUCUCCUUCCCAGACCCCAUUAGAGACCCACACCUCUGAAUCCCCCUUGACCUCUUUAGGACACUCCAUCUCUGAGAUCCCUUUGGAGACCCGUACCUCUGAGAGUCCAUUGGAUAGCCACAUCUCAGUGGUCCCAGAGAAACACCUUAGUCUUCAUCUCCCAUCAGUAGGCCCUGUCUCUGUGUCUUCCUCUGAUGCAUUGAGGGAAGACCUCUCCCCUGAGUCUUCUUCCAAUAAGGUCUCAUGGUCAAGGGGGUUCACCCAGGUCUCUGAAUCUGAAAGUCCUCCAAAGAACUCCCUUCCAGGCCCUUCAACCCAGAUCUACAUGGACACAUCUGCAAAGCAGAAGGAAGAGGCAAGAGAGGAUGAGGAGGGAGUGGAUGCCAGUGACAACACUGCUCACACAGCGCAUCCUGGACACCAGCUGGGUUACACAGUCUGCCCAGUGGUCCCUGCUAAGCAGGCAGAGCUGGUGGCAGUGACUAAGGCAAUGCACAGAAAGGACUUUGAUGCACAGGUGAAUCAUCUUUUCCAAUGGGAGAAGAAUGCUGCCCUGAAUGCCAUCCAGACAGGUCUCUACAUCGGCUGGCGCUGCCCUCAUUACCUAUGGGACUGUUUCCGGAUUGGGGACGAGUCCAGAUGCUUUUGUGGACACUUGCUGAAAGAGCACAAGAUCAUCUCAGACAUAUCCGUGCCCUGCAGCAUGAGCCAGUGCCGCUGCCUCAUGUUCUGCUUUAUCCCGUCACGCCCAGAGGAGGUGGGUGAGUUCUGGCUCAGGAGACGGGCCACCUUCGACCCCAAGGCCUGGAGGGCCCAAUGUUGCUGCAAACACAGCCAUGAAGAACAUGCAGCCACUGGGUCGCAUCCCUGCAGGCAUCGUGGUUGUUGCUGCAAAUAUUUUGAGUCUAAUUUCCUCUGUGUGGCCUGUGACCGGCGCUGGGAAGAACAUGAGACUUUCUUUGAGACAGAGGAGACCCGGCGGCGAGGAGGAAGGCCUCACAGGACAGAUACUGUCAACAACUGGCGCAGGCCUGUGUGA